AUGGCUGCCAACUUUCUGCAAAUGCUCGAAAAUAUGCAGCCGCGGUCUAAGCGCACGAUAGAGGAUCUCAUAAACUCUGAUGAUCAGCUCGCUGGCAUGGACGGCAUGGAACUCAGAGGCUGGACCCAGGCCAAUCCCACUGCGCCUAGCCGUGACCUGAAAGAUCCAGUGGGCCAAACUCUCCUCGCUGCAUUCAAUGGAGAAUUCGAUGCGCUACAAAAUUAUUGCGAGAUGAUGAUUAAACAACUAGGCGGGGAUGAAAACGCACGUGAGACUGUCAGACAGGACAUGUACGCGAAGAGAUGGGGUCCUGUCAAAACCCCUGUCUAUGCAAUAUUACUACCAGCACUCCACAUGCUCCCAGGAAAGAAGGAGGAGCUACUCGGAAUAGUAAAGUACCUUGCCAAUGAUCUCAAAGUACCAGUCGACGGAAAAGACGUCCUAGGCUCCACAGCACUAUUCUGGGCCAUAUCUACAAAGCCCUAUGUACAACCAGAAUUUGCGCAAAUUCUCUUCGAUGCAGGAGGUUCUGUCAACACCAAAAACAGAUUCAAUGCUACUCCAGCAAGCGAGAUAGCGCAAGCAGAUCUUCACGGCGAUACUACCAAGAACGUGCAGAUGAUGAAGUGGUACAUCGAGCAUGGGGGUGAUAUCGAAAACAAAGAUACUGACGGUAUGAGUGUCAAGAUUUUGGUCGAGAUGAUGAAGAAGAAGGUGCCGCAGAUGGCCGAGGUUAUUCAGAAUGGGAGGGGACCGAGGAAAGAAGGGGAUUGCACGACUUUGGGAAUGCGGCUGAACCCAAACGGCGACGCCGCCACCUUCCCCAAGCGCUCAGGUCUUCCGCACGUAUCAGGCACCCCGAAAGGUAACGCCUGGUUCUGGGGCGGCGCCGACGAACUUGGCCGCUUGAACCUGCUCACCCCCGAACGAACCCUCACAACCGUACAAGAAAAUGUCAAAACAGGCGAUUCCAUCUCUCUCGAUCUCCCCCUUAAUGUCCCUGGCCCAGCUCUCUUCGGCCGCCUGGGGCUCAAACACCGCAUCCGAUCAGCUGUCAAAGGCGCAUAUGACGACGAAGUAUCGUACAACACGCAAAGCAGCACCCAGUGGGACGGCUUCCGCCAUUUUGCCCACCCAACGUACGGAUGCCACUACAAUGGCGUUUUGUCAGAUGACAUCAUGACAAAUGUGAAUGAUGACGGGGAAGACGGCGAGGACGCCCCUGAGCCAUCGCGUAAACUGGGUAUAGAUGCUUGGGCAAAGAAGGGAAUCAUUGGACGCGGCGUACUUCUCGAUGUAUGGACUUGGUCGCAAAAACAAGGCAAAGAAUACGAUCCCUUUACUCGAUACGCCAUCACAGCUGAGGACUUGAAGGCGUGUGCAAAGAGCCAGGGGACCGAGUUGCGCACAGCGGAUAUUCUCCUAGUUAGGACAGGAUGGCAGGAAAAGUAUAACGCGUUUUCUGCGGCUGGAAAGGUGGAUUUGGCUGCGCUGGCGCUGGAUAAACAUUUCUAUGUGGGACUGGCGUCGGAUGAGGAGAUGAAGGAUUUCUUGUACGAUGGAUAUUUUGCGGCGGCUGCGACGGAUUGUGUGGGAUUUGAGGUUUGGCCGCCACCGACUUGGGAUGGGAGUUUACACGCUAAUAUGCUUCCGCUGUGGGGGAUGCCGAUUGGUGAGCUUUGGAACUUGGAAGAGCUGACGAAGAGGUGCGAAAAGGAGGGGAGGUGGACUUUCUUGCUUGUGAGUAAGCCGAGUGAUGUACCGGGCGGUGUAGCGUGUGUGCCGAAUGCUGUGGCAAUCUUCUGA